ACUAGAUUUAAGCAAUCAAUGUCAAUAAAGUCCAAACGGCUUUGAUUGCUGAAUUUUUCAAACAAUACAUAUUUAUUAUAUUUUCUAUCCGCGUAAACUUUAAUUUACAUUAAGUACAUCCAUCAAUAUCUUCCUUUAAAUACAGACUCAACAACUAUGCCAGUAAAUACAAUAUAUUCUAUUUUGUUGAAAAAAGAAAAUGCCCAUGAUGACCCAAUUUAUUGCUGUACGUGGGCCAAAAUAAACACAUCAGGAGAUUCGGAGAACGCUUCAAAGGAUUUCAUAGUAACGGGGGGGCUGGAUUGCUUUGUGAAAGUGUGGACACUACAGAAUGACAGGCUACAACUAAUUCAUACAUUGAAAGGACACAGAAUGGCAGUGGUGUCAGUAGCUGUCAGUCCAACUGCACCAAUAAUAGCAAGCUCAUCGCUGGAUUCAAGCCUAAUAUUUUGGGACCUAGCUAUGGGGAAGAUGUUGACAGAAAUACCAACAGGUGCUAGCGAUGUUUGGAAGAUGGCAUUUUCAGGGGAUGGGGAACAUCUUUGCACAGGAGGACAUACAGGCAAGGUUCAUAUAUAUGGAGUAAAGAGCGGAACCUUGGACAAAGUACUGGAUACAAGGGGGAAAUUCAUUUUGAGUGUUGCCUGUAGUGGCAACUCCAAAUACAUAGCAACAGGGGCGGAAGACGGAGUUCUUUGUAUACUGGAUGUGACACAAGGAAAGGUGGUACACACGGUGGAGGCGCACACGAAACCCAUACGGAACCUUGCCUUCUCACCGUGCAACAAGCGGCUAGCCACCGUCUCGAACGACGGAUUCGUCAAACUUUAUGAUGUAGCUAGUGCUGGUCUGCAACAUACGUUGAACCUCAAGUGUUGGGCCGUCGGGUUAUGUUUCUCGGGUGACGGCACGCGCAUAGCGGCGGCGGCCGCCGACGGUACCGUGCGUGUCGUACUCACGGAUGGACUGAUUGUACUCAACACUUUCCAAGAACAUACUGAUAUGGUUUGGGGUGUAAACUUCAACAGUAGCAAUAAGAGGCUAAUGUCUGUGUCCAAAGACAAGUGCAUCAACAUUUACGAAUGCCCGCCAUUGCCGCCAAAGACUGAGAAAAAGGGUGCCACCCUCGUAAAAUAAUUAUGUAAUUUAUCUCUACACGUACCUAAUUUUCUCUAUGUUUUAAAGAGGAAAUAUUUGUAUGAUUCUUUAUUAGCAUUGGAUAGGUAAAUUUCGACCUUUCGGGGAAUAACAUAGGAUACUUUUUAUCUCGAGUUUCCUUUUAUCGUGAUCGACUCGAGAAAAAUAUUCUAAAUUCCAUGUAAACUAAAUUGCGGUCGGCGAGAACCUAUCCAGUGCAGUAUAAUUAAUUGUAGUGUCAUUUUUUGUAUUACCUGAUAAGGUAAUUAUUACUUGCCCUUUUAUGUAUCUAUCUACAAAUACUUAUGUACUUCAUGACAAUUUUAAGUUACAAUAUACACAUUAACACAUUUACAUUAAAAUCUGUAGAUAAUUAUGUAUAAUCAACAUUACUGUAAUUUAAACUGCAGCAUCAACGUAUAAAUCAUAAUAUUGUAUCUUUUUUACUAUUCAUCGUAUCUUUUUUAUUUAUGUUAGUAAGUAAUUGAAAUAAAAUACAUAAAUAAAUGUCAAAGUAUUAAAAAAA